CCGCUCGCCACGGCUUUGCAGGCUGGACGCGAACGUUGCAACCACCUGCUUCAUCUUCUCAAAGGUCGGUCCAUCACCACCUGCUCACCAUCGACCAGUCUCCUCUCUCUCUCUCUUGUAGAGGACAGUCCUACUGUCGUCGGCAGAUAACGCCUCUUGCGGGUCGAGCUUGGAGCGGGCCGAGACGGCGUCUAGUGACAGAUCAUCAAAAAAGAAACAAAAAGAAUAAAGGGAAAGGCUCGAAUCGAAGGCAGCCUUGCGCGGGGCUUUUCUGACGACGACAAGGAAUAAGGAGGGCCGGUUCUCUUCCCCUUGUCUUCUCCUCCGUUCCCCUCUUCUUUCCCUCUUAGUCUCGCCUUUCCUCUCUGCGGAUCGUGGUGGUCGUGGAGGGACACGCAUCUAGCACCAUGAUGUCGACACCGCCGACGCAGACGCCACCGGUUUUCGGUAGCGGCGGCGUUAACGAGCAGAGCAACGGCCUUGGACCCUCGACUCCUCACUCUCACUCGUAUAAUCUCGAUGCCUCUUCACCCGCCGCUGAUGGCUCGGGCUCGAUAGCCAUGUCGCCCUCGUCAGCGGUCAACGGGUCGGGUGGAAAGCACGACAAGAAGUGGAAGCAGAUGUUCAAGUUUGGCUCGAUUGGUAAAAAGACGACGGGCGGAACGGGUCAGGAUGGACUCCAGGCGCCCCUCUCGGCCCCUCCUGCCGGCUCGGGAGGGAGAAAGGGCAGUCGGCAGACGUCGCCGCACUUCCAGCCUAUUGCCGGGAGUACAGUCGUCGCGGACCCCAACUCGCUCUCCAACGACAGCCAGUCCUCAGACGGCGGUCAAGAAGGAGCUCAACAGCUCGACUUGUCCUUUUCUUCUUCUCAGAAUGGGCGACUGCAGGAUCCAAGGGUUCCCUCUUCGCAACCGAGACUACAACCCGCGGCCGAAGUGGGGGUCGCAGGGGGCCAUGAUGCGCCGCCUCAGCUGACGUUGACCGGCCUUGGCAACGAUUCGACGACGUCCACCUCGUCCAACGGCAGCAGAGACAUGACAAGCUUUGCGUCGAAGCUGCUCAGACGGGCGUCAAGUGCGCCAGAUGCCAACAAGCUCUUCCUCGAGGAGCAGAGCACCGGUGCAGGGCAGGAGCAGGCAAAAUAUCUCUCGCCGUCAUCACAACACCCGCCGUCGUCGCAGCAGCAGCAGCAACAACAACAACAACAACAACAACAACAACAACAACAACAACAUACUGGCCAUCAGCAAUAUACUUCAGAGGGCGCCUCGUACAUCAAGCCACAGGAUCCCUUCUUCCCUGGCUCGCCCGUGCGAAUGGAUAGCAACGCGAGAUCAUUUAGCAGCAAAGACUUCGAAAAAGCAAGGAGCGCUUCCAAGUCGUCGGCUGGCAGCGCCACCUCAACGCCAAAGGGACGGGGAGGCAUAACCUUCCCGGGAACGAGGUCCAAGAGCAACGGAAGUGCGAAGAGUAACGCCGCCUUGACGCCGAAUGGCGAAAAGAACAAGGAUAAUUUGCACCUGCCUGCGAGCGUGCCCUCGAGCGCAUCCAAUCUGGCAACGCUCCAGCCGCCCACGACGCCGGACGGCAACAGCCCACAUCGAAACUCGUUCCGGCGGACGUACAGCAGCAACAGCAUCAAGGUGCGCCAGGUCGAGGUGGGGCCCAACAGCUUCUCAAAGGUGAAGAUGCUGGGCAAGGGUGACGUCGGCAAGGUGUACCUCGUGCGAGAAAAGAAGACGGAGAAGCUGUUUGCGAUGAAGGUCUUGUCCAAGAAGGAGAUGAUCAAGCGAAACAAGAUCAAGCGCGUCAUGGCCGAGCAGGAGAUUCUGUCGACGUCCAACCACCCGUUCAUCGUGACGCUUUACCACUCGUUCCAGUCAGAGGACUACCUCUACCUCUGCAUGGAGUACUGCAUGGGCGGCGAGUUCUUUCGCGCACUCCAGACGAGACCGGGCAAGUGUCUGGCUGAGGAGGAUGCGCGCUUCUACGCGGCCGAAGUCAUCGCCGCGCUCGAGUACCUCCAUCUCAUGGGCUUCAUCUAUCGCGAUUUAAAGCCAGAGAACAUCCUUCUCCACCAGUCUGGCCACGUCAUGCUCUCAGACUUUGAUCUCUCGGCAAGAGCAACACGCCGUGGUGGCGCACCUGCCAUGAUUCGACAGGCCACCCCCAAGAGCGCGCCCCUGGUUGACACACGCUCGUGCAUCGCUGAUUUGCGCACCAAUUCGUUCGUCGGCACAGAGGAAUACAUUGCGCCCGAGGUUAUCAAGGGCUGCGGCCACACGAGCGCCGUUGACUGGUGGACUCUUGGCAUCCUCAUCUACGAGAUGAUCUUUGCCACGACGCCCUUCAAGGGCAACUCGCGCAACCAGACUUUCUCUAACAUUCUCCGAAAUGAGGUCACGUUUCCUGAGAACAUUCCGAUCUCAUCCUUUGGCAAGUCGCUCAUCCGCAAGCUUCUCAUCAAGGACGAGUUGAAGCGCAUGGGCAGCCAGUCGGGUGCAUCCGAGGUCAAGCAGCACAAGUGGUUCGCUCCCAUCUCUUGGGGCCUUUUACGGAAUCUUACGCCGCCCAUCGUUCCCGCCUUUUCCAAUGGGCUCGACGCCAUCAAUUUCCGAAAUGUACGCGAGUCGAGAUCCCUCAAUCUCGACGGCCAGGGAACCGAGUCGAAGCCGGCCAAAGUGCCAAAGGCGACCGAGAUCAAGGCGACGGCAGGAAAGAAGGUCCAAGACGAAGAUGGCGAUGCCGUCGUGGCCAAUCCCUUUUCCGGCUUCAACUCCGUCACUCUUUUCCACCAGGAAGAUUGAUGAUCCUCAACACAGCACAGCGUCAAGCCAUCUCUCGACACCCUCUUUUCUCCUUCCCUGUCUCUCCCUGCGGUAUCAUAUAUCUAACGACCAGCACAUUCUCUCACUGUCACUUUCUUUGUUCCCGCCAUCUUUCUUUAUACAUCAUGAGCGUUGUAUUUCCCUCUAAAUGACAUGCCAAGUCUCCUCCCCGCCGCAAGUCACGCCAUUGGCGCCAAGUCCUUCGCCAUGUGAGCAUACAUGCUCGGCCACUCCAAUCUGACUUGUACCGUAGAUUUGUGCGUGUGCGUGUGUAGACACGGUGUAUGCAAUCUGAGC